GGGAAAUCUGUGGGUAAUUUGAAGGCAAAUCCAAGUCAUGUUAAAAGGGAUUAAAAUGAUAACACAUAUCUAGAAAGAAAAUUGCGCUACAAUUUGCCAAUUUUAGAUCUCCACGUGUCUAAACUGGUUGUCAUGAUUUCUAAUAUCAAAUUUCUAGCCGUGUACAUCAGUCGCUAAGGGUGUUUCACAUUAUCCUGUAUGGAAACUAUGGGAGAUAUCUUGUGACGAUUUCGUCAAUGUCUCCUAAAUUUUGUGACGAUUCUACAUGAUGGAAGGUCGCCGCACCCGUCGAAGUAGCUCUAGUGCUUCAAGUCUGUUCUUCCCCGCGCCGAAAGUACCUCCGCAAAAGGGGAAUUUCGUAAUGACCUUUUUCUCCUGUCCCGUUGGCAAUGUCGAGCAAGCGUCGUCUUCAACGCACUCAGCGCGCCCUAGAGCCACAACAGUCGCGGAGAACACUUACAAAAUGAAGCCAGAGAAACGAAUUAGCGCUGAGGAAGUUAAAAGCAUCAUUGUUCAGCAUCUACAGUCGCUAGAGUCGCAAAUAUACGAGGCUAAGAGAUGUAGGGAGCUCGCUAAAGGUAUGUCCAACUCAAUCAUGGGUGACUUGAAACAUCUCGGCUACGCUCGGUUUAAGUUUGUGUGUUCCGUGACGAUUGGGCAAGUCAAAGGACAGGAUGUGAGGAUUGCCAGCCGUUCCAUCUGGGACACUGACUGUGAUACAUUUGUAUCAGAGAGCUACCAUAACGACUCUCUUUUUGCUGUCUGUGUUGUGUUUGGAGUUUAUCAAGAAUAGUUCGAUAGCUGUGACGAUCACGUCUUUGCGUCCUUCAAGAAUGACUUGAUUUCUGAUUGACUACACUCUGAGGGACGCUACACUUUAAACUACCUAAUUAUGCCCACAAUGAUAUACAUUUGUUCCAGAAAAUCUCGAGAACAGUGCGUCUUCGAUCAUGGAGUUUACCCAGAAGAGGAUAUCGCGAUGUAAAUCAGCAUUUUCAUUCAGAGCUGGUUUCCUCUUAAGGACCCUUAUUUUAUGUCUAAGCUACACUUCAUACUGAAGGGAAAUUACCGAUAUAUUGUUUCUAAACAUACUCAUUUCAACCAAGCGAGCACGUUUCAAAAUGGCUUCCAACUAUUUGGUUAAUUAAUGUCGAACGUGUAACGAGGGUUUGAUCGCUUAUUUACAGUUCCGGUUUGAUCUGUGCGAAAUCAUGGACAAUGCCAAGGUAAUUUUGAAGACUAAUGCGAAUUACUUGAAGAGAAACUUUCAAACUGCAUGUAGGCGGGAGAAAAAUUAGAAUUAAAUCUUGUUAACAGCAAUCUGAUUUGAGUUGUUCUAACACAAAAUAUUUUGAUGACCUCUUAAUUAAACUGUCAUCAGAACUUUGAUUUGUUAUGCUGU